CUCGCGGUAUCUUGUCUUGGCUGUUGACGUCACUUUGUUCCGCUAAAAGAUACGACAAAUACAUAUUUUUUUAAAUUAGGUUCACAGCUUCAGCAUAGGUGUAAUGCGUGCUCCUGUGCGGUGGGUGCUAUGGGACGUGAAAGACACACUGCUGAAGGUGCGUUCCUCAGUGGGACAGCAGUAUUGCGAUGAGGCCAAACGAAUGGGCCUAAGCCUCAGUCCCGUGGAGGUAGACGCUGCUUUCCGGCAGGCGUAUCGACAUCAUUCCAGCACAUUCCCAAACUACGGCAUCGCUCAGGGACUGGAUGGACGGUCUUGGUGGAAAGCGGUGGUGAAGGCCACCUUCUCUCAGUGCAAGGUGUGUGACCCGGCCCUGCUGGAUACAAUGGCCCUCAAUCUCUACCAGAACUUCAGCAAUGCAGAGAACUGGGAGGUAUUUCCAGACGCAAAGACGGCUCUGGAGAGCUGUUCCUCGCUAGGACUGCAUCUGGGAGUGGUUUCAAACUUUGACAACCGCCUUGAAGCCAUUUUACGCGGUUGUGGGCUGCUUUCUCACUUCAGCUUUCUGGUGACAUCAGAGGGAGCAGGCGUGGAGAAGCCCAAUGCGGCCAUCUUUGAUCAGGCGUUGCUGAAAUGUGGCGUGCCGGCUGCCAGCGUAGCUCACGUCGGGGACCAUUACGUGAAGGAUUACCUCACGUCACGUUCGGUUGGAAUCCAUGGCUUCCUUUUAGACCGAAAAAACGAAUUUGACCAACGUGAUAUCCCUAAAGAGCAUCGGCUCUCAUCACUGGAUGAGCUGCCUGCACGACUUAAACAGCACAUGGACGAAUGCUAACGUAAGCAUGAGUAUAAUUAUCAUGCUUAUUAUCUAGUUAUUGGGGCAAAAUAAAUCAAUAAAUAACCAAAAAAAAUCAUAAGGAAAAACUGCUGUAAACAAACUUUUUGUCACUACAACCAAUUAACUACACGCGUCACAAGAACAAAACAUUACAAGAUUUCUCCUUACAAAAUCUUAGGGCAUUGAAUUGAUCGCAACUGGAUGGUCUUGGUUGUCUUUGAAGAAAUCUGAGCAGGCGCCAUCACUCCAUGCUCAAAAACUAGGUGGGACACACACCAGUCAGACUAGAUAGGACAACUCUCGUCUGAGAGCUCGAUGCAACAUCCAAUCUAUUUAUCGUCUGAGGGACAAUAAAUAGUUCCACACAAGAAUGGAUUCUUCAGAAAAAAAUGUUUUGUGGGUACUAGCAUGGAAUGAUAAUACAUUCAUUAAUUAAUCACACAAUAAACAAAAAUGAAUUCAAUAAUUGCCAGCUUCAAUAUAUUGCAAAAUGCAUGCAUGUCUUUUUUUUGUGCAUUGGUUUCAGCACCUUGGUGCGUUUGUUCCAUAGAACAACGGCAUGAACAGAGUGAGCCCUUUCAUCAAUCAUAUGGCUGAUUUGUCUCGGCGGGUGGAGGCGGGGCCGCUAGCAUACACAGAGUGAAGAAGAGUGUAACGUAGUAGAAAUGAAAUUAGUAGACGUAUAAAAUCCCAUCUUGUUCUCGUAGAUCUAAUCUAGUGUAUUGUCUUGCCUCCUAAACUGACACCUAAUCAAAUAACUCUUUUCAUUGCCAUUAUUUUGUGUUUUAAAGAAAGAGGAUUUGAUUGGACACAAAAAUAUCAAAUUACUUACUACAUAUUUCCAGGUCGAUGGCAUAAUACUUUCAUAAAAUGUAUUUUCCUAAAAUAAAAUGUACUGUAGCUGUCAGUUGUACUCGUGUCGACUGGUUUGUUGCGGUUGUCAGCAGUGAGAGCGAGGCACAGUACUAGCUUUGUCAAUACUUUUUUUUUUUUUUAAGCCAUCUGGUCUCGUGCAGAUAGUGAGUGUUGGACUAUGAGGAUCAAAUCCCGACCACAAUGGCUGUGUGAUUCAAAGCAGAGCGUCUUGUGGGAAACGGGGGAUCGUCAAUGUGAGCCCACAAUCAGAUUCAAAGGAAUGGAAAGUGUCAAGUUUCAACUCUCUGCCUUUAAAUGUGAUGUUCCAAACUCUUAUUUUUCACCUGUAGUUUCACCUCUUGACAUUUGUACGUUGAAAGAUAUUGUCGAUCUCUGGGGAAGAGCUGCUUAAUUCAAAGCUGGUUUAGAAGCUCAGCCAGACGGCUCUAAAAGGCUGUGCAGAAAUCCAAUUGUGCGCAUAAUGGGAUUGUAAAAGCGGAGAAUAAAAGCCUGUGCGUGCUGCAAGAAGGGAUGUGUAGAGGCUGUUUGCUAGGGGAGAAGAUUUGCGAUUGAACACAUGCAUGUUUGUUAACCAAUUGACCCAUCAAUGUCAUUAGAGCCUCGGUCACAACCAGUCGUACGGGCUCCUGUGUAUGGCCGGUCUAACUGCAAACAACGCAAGAAAUUGCUUACGUUUUUUUUUCCAGGUUGCAAGACUAGUUUACGCACUUUGUACAGCUUCACAUGUCUUUUGUAUGUUUUGCAGGAAUGUCGUACGUCCCAUCUGCCUCAGAUUUCGUGCACUUAUGGGUUGUAUUAUUUUUUCA